AUGACGACGACAACAAGAAAGGGCGCGGAUCCGCCUGAUGCUGCAAUCAAAUCCACAGCUCAAGAAGUGCUACAGCGGCCAAAGGGCCCAUCAAAGCGCACACGGCAUUCCUGGCUGCGCUCCUUCGUCGCACUAGCGACAGCUGCUGUGCUCCUGUCGGUCAGCGCCCUCGCAUUUUCGAAAGCGACGGCAUCAUUCCAGAACUCUCAACUUGCAGCAUUGUCCGAACGAUUCGCCAUCUGCUCACCUGAUGAGCGCGGAUCCCUUCACCUCGCAUCUCCGACGUCCACGGCAGGCUCCGUUUACACCGGCGACGAGCACCGUUUUGCCAAAGACGGCGCAUUCACCGAAUGCGUGGCAGUCGAGCAUGGAGUCAUCACCCACGUUGGGAAGGAAGAGGAUGUGCUACCAAGCUUCUGCGAAGGUGUCGACUCAUCCACUACAGCUGCUUCUGCAAAGCAUCAGCAGCGACGAGUCCCACACGGCAACAAGGCGGCACGACUCAGCCGUCGCAGUGGCAACAUGAAGGACGGAGCGCUGCGCAGACGUAGCAAGUGCGACUUACGGAGGCUGCGUCCUGGUCAGACUCUCUUUCCUGGCUUUCACGAUGCUCACGGCCACAUCCUCGACUACGGCUGGUCUCGCACCGUGGCGGACCUAGUUGGCUCUACUUCGGUCCAAGACAUCAUCGAUAGGCUCGAGGCCUACGUUCGCUCGAAGCCACAUUUGAUGGCGUACGCGCUGAGCGGCGGAGCAUCAAGCGCAAACGCCACGACGGUGCCUUGGAUUGAAGGUCUAGGAUGGGACCAGACGAAGUGGACGCCUGCCGAGUUCCCCACCGCCGCCGACCUGGGCCGGUCGGAGCUGCUGCGUCGCUUUCCGAUCGUGCUGCGUCGAGUUGACGUGCAUGCGCUGUGGCUCAGCGAGAUUGGUCUGGAUAUGGUCAUGCGUGGAGCUAAAGACUUUCCUGCGUCCCCGACAGAGGACCACAAAGUCGAAGGAGGCCUUGUCGUUCGGUACGCAGACGGCAGGCCCACGGGGAUACUCAUCGACAACGCCAUGAACUUCGCCUACCAAGUGGUGCCUGAAUGGACCGACGAUCAGCGCAAGAUCUUCCUCGACGCAGCCACGGAAGGCCUGCUCCGUGUAGGCAUCACCGCCGUUGGUGACGCAGCCACAGACCUCAAGGCGGCCGCCUUCUACAAGCGCAUGGAUGCAGAUGGUCAGCUGCGCUUCCGCAUCUACUCGAUGCUAGCCUGCCCGCCGGGUGAGAGGCGAUGCGCUGACCGAAUCGAUCAGGUCAAGCCAGACCCGAAACUCGUACAGAAAGGUAAGGGCGGGAUGUUCACGCUGCGUUCAGUGAAGCUGUUCAAUGACGGUGCGCUGGGCUCGUGGGGGUCUGCCAUGUGGGACGAUUACUCCGACAAGCCGGGCGAGCGCGGUCUGCUCCUCAUCCCCGAGGCUGAGCUGCCUUCGUUGGUUGCGUACUGGCUGGAGCGAGGCUGGCAGGUGUGCACGCAUGCUAUCGGCGACCGUGCCAACACGCUGACGCUCGAUGCCUACGAUGACUUUCUCCGCUCCCACCCCGCCGCUGAAGCACAUACGCUCCGGCCCCGCGUGGAGCACGCCCAGCUCAUGUGGCCGUCCGACCUCGCCCGCUUCGCAGAACUAGGCGUCAUCGCGUCCAUGCAGCCCACCCACUGCACCUCCGAUAUGGGGUAUGUCGAGUCUCGUAUUGGGAAGGAGCGGGCGGCACACGGUGCGUAUGCGUGGAAGUCGCUUCUCGAUGCGAACGCGAGCUUGGCCCUCGGGUCGGACUUUCCUGUGGAGCUGCCGGAUCCUCUACACGGCAUCUACUCCGCUGUGACGCGGCUCGAUACGAAUGGCAACAGUCCUCAUGGCGCUGGCGGAUGGUACCCUCACGAGAGGCUGACAAGGAGAGAGGCACUCAAAGGGUUCACGCAGGACGCAGCGUUUGCGCAAUUCGAAGAGGACGUCGCUGGUAGCAUCUCUGUCGGUAAGAGAGCCGACUUCACAUUGCUCGAUCGAAACAUUCUGGAUGAGGACAGAGUCACACCGGCGAUGUUGAGGGCUGCCAAAGUCGACGCCACGAUCGUCGGCGGCAAGGUCGUCUUUGACCGGUUGGCACUUGCCGCUAUGACAUCUUCUCAGUCCACGGGAAGCUCUUUCGACCGACUGACCCAGCGUCUCGAAGAGCGAGCCACUUCCAUCGUGACCGGCCUCCGCGCUGCUUCGCUCGGCUCGCCGUCCACCAUUUGGGCAGCCCUCUUCCUCGGAACCCUUCUCCUACUCCUCCGCUCGGGCGAAAAGGAGCCGUAUCAGUCCAUGUCCUGUCUCGCGCUCAACACACAGCCGCCCACCACCGCGUGGAUGAACAUGGGCUUCUGGACGCCCCAGUUGUCACGCUCGCAGCUGGACUUUCCGCUGGCCUGCCAGACGCUCGCCCAGCAGCUGUACUCCGCGGCCGGGCUGAAGCCGGGGAUGAAAGUGCUCGACGUCGGAUGCGGAGCAGGCCAAUCGACGCUGUUCUUGCUGGAAGAGUACCAGCCGAUGUUGCUGCACGCGGUGACGAGUCUGCCAGAAGAAGCCGCGUUUGCUGCUGAGCGCUUGCAACAACGUCUGCUAGACGGUGAGAAGGAGGCACCGCAGGUCAAAGUGUGGGCGCAAGACGUGCUCGAGUGGCUCCGCAGUGGUGAAGGAGAUGGCGAGAAGUACGACGUAAUCCUUGCGCUCGACUGCGCCUUCCACUUCAGCGAUCGGGCAGAGUACAUUCGGCUCGCGAAGGCGCGCUUGAAUCCUGGUGGCAGGCUGGCAUUUGUCGACCUGCUCUCGGCGUAUCCGUCUCCGUCAAGCGCACCUUCGUCCAGCGUGACGCUCGGGAACCCACAAUAUCCCAACGAGGCGCCUUCGCUCGGACGACGCCUCAAGCACAGCUUCACGUGCAUGCUGGCGUCCACUAAGCCUGCCAACCUCUGGCCGGUCGACCGCUACUUUGACAUCCUUCGAGCAGAGGGCGGGUUCCCUGCGAAGGGCAUCAAGAUGCGCGAUAUCACAGCCGAUGUGUUCCCUGGAUUUGCGAGGUUCCUGCGUUCGUUUGCCACGGAGGGCGCGGCGUGGAGAGGCGGCGGUUGGGGGAUGCGGAAAGGGCUGGGUGCUUUCAGCAAUGUGGUGCAGGAUUGGAGCGAGGAGGGCGGCUUGGUGAGGAUGUUCAUCAUUGUUGCGGAGGCUGAUGGCGCAAAUCCCGGUCUCUGA